AUGUUUGAUAUAAAAUAUCUAUUCUAUUUUAUUUUCUUACAAUGGCGUUUCGCUACACCACAAAUAAAUCUUUAUUUUACUAAUCAAGUAAGUGAAAAUAUAAAUAAUAAUUCAGGUGUGCAACACAAUUGUUUACGUACUAUCAAUUUACAAGAGAAGUCUCGUCAACUAAUGUCAUAUUGUUUGAGUGAAUCAAUAUCAAACUUGAAUGUUAUGAAUGAUAAUAGUUUUCAGACAUUGACGUUUGGUGAACUUUCAGAAAAGAAAAUAACAAGUGAAAAAUUAUAUCAAUGGUCAACACCAAUUGAUAUAAUUGAAGAUUAUCAAUUUUAUUUAAUAUCAAAUGAUUCAUCAUUAGAAAAACAAGUUUUUUAUAAUUGUACAUUACCAAGAUUUGGUUCACAUUGUCAAUAUGAAUUUGAUAAUUAUCAACCAGAUUAUUCAUCAUUAUCUGAAAUAAUUCACAAUUUCUACGACUAUGAUAAUUAUCAAUAUAAUCCAACAAAUCUAACUUGUUAUACUCAUUUAAAUUGUACACGUAGCAACUUUCCAUCAUGUUUAGAUUGGAGUGAAAUUUGUGAUGGAAAAAUUGAUUGCAUUAAUGGAGAAUAUGAUGAAGAACAUUGUUGGCAACUUGAACUAAAUGAAUGCAAAGAAAACGAAUAUCAAUGUUUCAAUGGAAUGUGUAUACCAUACUCAUUUCUUCGUGAUGAUUCUCUUAAUCCCGAUUGUCUCGACGAAUCCGAUGAACAUAUUCCAGAAUUUAACAAUAAUCAUGAUACAUUUCAGCCAUUAUUUCAUUGUGAAGAUGUAGUAUGUGAUAGAACAUUUUUAACAAGUUCUUGUGUAAAAAAGCGUCAAGAAUUUUUAAUAAAAUCAAUAUUUUCAAUUAAAAAUGAUUUUGUAUCAGAUGAAUGUUGGACAGCAUUUCAAUGUUUUCUUGCAAUUCCAAAUCAAGACUAUCCAUCAUACGAUUAUCUACCAUCUGAAUGUAUACAAAAAAUUCAAGAAAAGUGUCUAGAUAUGUUUUUUAUUCCAAAUAUUCCAGUUUUAUUUGGUCAUAUAUAUACUGCUUAUACAAAAAAUGAUACACAAUAUACUGAAAAUCCGAUCAUUCCGUAUUUAUGUUAUAAGAAAAUUGAUUUUGAUUAUUUUUCUAAUACAAUUUCAAAAGUAUCAUUUCAAAAUACAACAUGUUUUCGUUCGAAAUCGAUCCAAGAAAAUAUUUAUCCUACACAUAUUUGGAAUGAAAAAUAUUUUAAUGUUAUAAAUGAAUUAUACAUGAAAUUAAAAACCUACAAUCCAAUUGUUAAUUUUCCUUCAAAUAUCUGUAAUAAAUCAAAUAUAUAUCAAUGCAUUAAUUCAACUAAAUGUAUCUCAAUUAAUCGUCUUAUGAAUACGGUAAAUGAUUGUCCUUAUAAUGAUGAUGAAAAUAUGUUUGAUAGUAAUGAUAUUUAUAUAUUAACAAAAAUUAAACAGAAUUAUUACAAAUGUCAAACAUCUGAUAAAUAUAUUCAUCAAUCACAACUGCAAGAUGAUGAAUGUCAUUGUGGAAUCACUCAAUUUGAUUGGUGUGAAGAUUGGCAUUCAGAAUUCAAAGAUAGUUUUCCAAUAGUUAUAUCAUUUCAAACAAUUUGUGAUAAAUUUACUGAAUUAUUUCCAAUAGUUACUCAAGAAAAAAAUGAAACAGAUGAAACAGAAUGUGAAAAGUGGGAAUGUAAUAAUAUUUAUACUCAUUGUGAUGGACUAUGUAAUUGUUUAAAUGGAGAAGAUGAAAUUGAUUGUAAUUCUUCACCAACAUUAUUUAAUUGUUCUUCAAAUACCCGUAUAUGUGUUUUACCAGACACGAAUCAAUUUACAUGCCUAUCGAUAAAUAAAAUUAAUGAUGGAAUUGUUGAUUGUCUUGGUGGUACUGAUGAACCAAUACGAUAUCAAAUAGAUGAUCAACGGGACCACUACUAUCUUUUUUAUUGUAACACGACACAGUAUUCUUCUCAUUAUAUAUCCGAUGAUCUCUUAUGUACUGGUAAACCAGAAUGUAAUAAUGGAGAUGAUGAACAUUUUUGUCAAAAAAAUCGAACAUGUUCUACAUCUGGUGGUAUUUGUAGUAAUCCUGAAUAUAAAUUGUGUACUUCUAACGUUGAACAAUUCUUGUGUGAACAUGCAAAAAUUCGAAUGAAGAAAAAUAUAAAAUAUUUUGCAAUUAAUCAAAUCAUCAAAUCACCUACAAAAUCAGAAAUUAAUAAUAGAAUAGAUACAAGAAGACUUUUUCCAAUGUCAUCUAAAAUUCAAAAAUCUUUUAAAUAUGGAUCUCAUUGUCAUCGUGGCCUUGAGUUACGUGUUUGGUUGAACAAUUUAACACGAAUUACAUGUUUUUGUCCACCUAGUUUUUAUGGUAAUCAAUGUCAAUAUCAAAAUCAACGAUUAAGUUUAACUCUUCAAUUUCAAACAUUAUCCGAUUCUUUGCAAAUAUCAUUUGUAAUAUUAAUUCGAUUAAUUGAUAAUAAUAAUCAACAAAUUAUUCAUUCAUAUGAACAAUUGAAUUAUUUAUCAAUUCGAGAUUGUAAAACAAAAUUUAAUUUUUAUUUAAUUUAUUCAACACGACCAAAAGAUUUAACAAAUAAUUAUUCAGUACAAAUUGAUAUUUAUGAAAAAUUUUCAUUAAUUCAUCGAGGAAGUUUAUUAUAUCCUAUUCAUUUUUCAUUUUUACCUGUUCAUCGUUUAGCAUUUUUUAUUAAUAUUCCACAACGUAAUGAUAAAAAUUGUGCAAAUACGAAAUGUCAUCAUGGAAAAUGUAUUAAAUAUUUAAAUAAUCCAAAAACUUUUUGUCAAUGUGAUCGUGGAUGGAUUGGUCAAGAUUGUUCUAUUGAAAAUAAUUGUACAUGUUCAUCUGAUUCAUUAUGUAUUGGUAUAACUAUUAAUAAUCGACCUAUAUGUAUUUGUCCAGUAAAUAAAUUUGGUUCACGGUGUUUUAUUACUGAUACAACAUGUGAAAAUUCUUCAUGUAAAAAUAAUGGCUUAUGUCUUUCAAAUGACGGCUAUAUAAUAAAUGAUCAUAACUGGAUGUGUAUUUGUCAAAAAGGUUUUAGUGGGGAUCAAUGUAAAAUAGUUAAUAAUAAACUUAUUAUAUCUUUUUCAAAUGAUAUUAAAUUAAAAUUAUCAGAAUCAAUAUUUAUUCAUUUUAUUGAAGUUCAGAAAGAUAAUCCACCAAAACGAGCAUCAACAUUACAAACAAUUCAUUCUACACAAAAUUCAAUAAUAAUUUAUUGGUCACAACCAUUUCAUCUUGUUUUUAUUGAAUUUAUUAAUAAGAUUUAUUAUUUAGCUGUUAUUCAAGAUGCAUAUAUUGAAUCAACAACAAUUGUUCAAACAAUAAAUUCAUUCGAUCGUUGUGCAUCUAUUAGUGAAUUAUUUAAUAAGAGUUUUAUUCAAUUACAUCUUAUUCGUCGUAUUAAAUAUUAUCAUUUACCAUGUCAAAAUCAAUCAUUAAAUCUUUCUUGUUUUUAUGAUGAUGUUCAUUUUUGUCUAUGUUAUAAUCAUGGUCAAAAACGUUUAGCAAAUUGUUUUAAAUUUAUUCAUAAUAUGACAUUUAAUUGUUUUGGACAAAGUGAAUGUGAAAAUGAAGGACAAUGCUUUCAAGAUUCGCAAGAUUGUCCAAAAAGAUCGAUGUGUAUUUGUCGUCCAUGUUUUUUCGGUGGUCGUUGUCAACUUAGUACAAAUGGAUUUGGUUUAUCACUUGAUGCUAUUUUAGGUUAUCAUAUUACACCAAAUAUUAGUUUUUUAAAACAAACAGCUAUUGUUAAAUUCAGUUUAGCAUUAACAAUUAUAUUUGUCAUACUAGGAUUAAUAAAUGGUAUUCUUUCUUUAAUUACAUUUAAGAAUAAAACAGUACGUGAAAUUGGUUGUGGUUUAUUUUUAUUAGGAUCAUCAAUAACAACUUUUCUUAUAAUGAUAUUGCUUGGAUUGAAAUUUUUUAUUCUUCUUUUUGCACAAAUGUCAAUUCUAUCAAAUGAAUUAUUUUUAAAAAUUCAAUGUUAUUUAUUAGAUUUUCUUAUUCGAAUUUGUCUUAAUAUGUAUCAAUGGUUAAAUGCAUGUGUAGCAAUUGAACGUGCAGCAACAGUAAUACAAGGUACUGGUUUUGUUAAGAAAAAAAGUAAACAAAUAGCUAAAAGAAUUAUUCUUAUUCUUAUAAUUAUUAUUAUUGCAACAUCUAUUCAUGAUCCUAUUUAUCGACGUUUAAUUGUUGAAAUAAAUAAUAUUGAUGAUCUCAAGAGAAUAUGGUGUAUAGUUAAUUAUUCAUCAAAUUUACAAAUAUAUAAUACUACUAUGAAUACUAUUCAUUUCUUUGCACCAUUUAUAAUCAAUUUUAUUUCAGCUAUAAUUCUUGUAACAAAAAAAUCUCGUCAACAAACGAAUGUUCAUAUCAAUCAAAAGUAUAUAGAUAUUUUACGAGAACAAUUUAAACAACAUAAACAUUUAUUUAUUGCACCAGUUGUUUUAGUUAUUGUUGGAUUACCACGUUUAAUUACAUCUUAUCUAUCAAAAUGUAUGAAAUCAACUAAUGAUGCGUGGUUGUAUCUUAUUGGAUAUUAUAUAUCAUUUAUUCCACCGAUGAUUACUUUUCUUGUAUUUGUAUUACCAUCAAAAUUUUAUACAAAAGAAUAUAAAAAAGCUAUUGUUCAGUAUCGAACUAAUAUACGACAACGUUUCAACAAUAUAUUAUAA